CUAGAUAACAGCAACCUCCAGCAACGUCAAUGAUGCUUCUUUUGACGCCCAUGAAAGAAGAUAACCUGGCCUACAUUGUGGUGGCUUUAUACGGAUUGGUUUCUGCAUACUUUUGGGCGCAGCGCACAUCGCGUGGAUCAGUGCUGGAGACGAAGAGGAGCAACGUCUUCUGGAUGAAAGGAGACGAGUCUCUUUUCAGGAACUGGCAAGCGUUUGGUGUUAUGUCCUUGACCUGUUUCUGCUUUCACUCUUUCUAAUUCAGGCAUGUGGAAUCUUGGAGCCGAUGGUGAGUUUCUUGCCAUUUCUUUUUGGUGUUGCAGUUGGUUCUGAGAUUUUGAGGAGGGUAGCACAGGACAAGGAUAUCGUGACACCGGCCCGUUUAGACCGGGACUUGACCAUCAUGAGCAUUUUGGUGUUUAUUUCUACUCUCGGAAUGCCUCGAGAGUUCGUACCAGCUUGCUAUCUGGCUCGGACACUUUGCUUCAGUUUUACUUGCAGCAGACGCAGCAACAAGAUGAAUGUAUUGCUGGCACCUUUUUACGUCCUCGCACACUGGAUCACUCAAUCUCCAGAUGGGCCACCAGAGAGGGUAGAGUUCCACAUCAUCAGUGAGAUAAUCUCAGUGACAUUUAUGACGAUGCUCAUGACAAACUUAGAUAACAAAGAGCACAAACUGGCAACUGCAUCUGUUGAACUAGAAACCAAAGUGAAGCAAGUCAAAGAAGCUGAACGAGAAGGUGGAGCAGCUCAACGCUUGUUGUCAGUGACCUGUGACGCUUCAGUGAGGUUGACACAUGAUCUCCAAAUCCAGAUGACAUCCCAAUCAUUACUUGACCUUCUCAUGUGCAAUUUUGGCCGCGCUUCAAAAACCACACUUGAUGGCACGCCAUUCCUCCGGUACAUUGCUGCGGAUGACCAGCAGCGCUUCAUAGAUUUUGUGGCUGAGUCGUCCACUGCUGCUCCAGCCGGGUCCUUGCAUGUUUCCAUGAAGGACUCCAGCGGGGUGUCCUUUGGAGCAGAGCUUUUUCAUGUGACGGUGCCUGGGUUGGCCGAAGAGCCAGAGCACCUCAUUGGUAUCACCAAUGAGUCCAACGCAGCAGAUCGUUUGGGACGCAUGGAGAACCUUUGCCCAAGCAGCGACAUGCGCCAUGUCAUCGGCUUUGGUGUGGGCAGUGGGCGCAGUCAUAACAGCCCCCCAAGUCAAAAGUCAGCAGGUCAAUUGUCAGGAAGCAAAGCUAGUAGUGGGAGCCAAACCAGUGUUGCAGGAGGGAAAGGAUACACAGGCUUGAAAGGCUUAGCUGGUAUCAGACUUGUUCUUGAUACCCGCCGGAAGAAUGACUAUCCUAUCCGGCGACUGACCUUCACAUUUGCAGACUUGCAAAGCUGUGACGCAGACCUUUUGCCGAAUCUUCUUGAAUGGUUGAAGCCUCACUAUCGAGGACCUGUCUCCAGCUUUAUUGACCAGCAUGUUGAUGCUUGUCAAAGGGGUGCUUGCGUAGCCGGACCCAGUCAUGAAAUGCAGCUUGUUAAGAUUCUGUCUCCUUUCCCAGGUGCUUCGGUUUUGCUGACCAAAAGCAUGAGAGUGAUACAGAUGGUGGACUAUGAAGACCAAGAAGCAGAACGGUUCAUGGAAAUGGAACUCACACAGCUUUUUGCGCGGUGAGCACGCCAGCUGAUCCAGGAGAAACGUGCGGCCACACGAGCUGCACGCAGUCUUCAAGAGGUCAUUGCACAAAAGCAA